AGAAUAAACAAGCGCUAAAAACUACAACAACGACAUAGGCACAAAAAGAAAUACCCUAAAGUGCCGACAUUUACAUAUACAUAUGUAUGUUGGUGUGUACAUACAUAUGUAGCUACACAACACACACAUACGUAUUAUUAUCGCACAACGUAUUAAAUUCGGGAAUAAAUAAAAGAAGUCGGGUCGUCUUUUGCCGGUUUAAUAACGGUUGAUGGUUUCGAAUGGUUAAGUUUGUGAAUACUUACUCGUAACAAUGCAUUGGUCUUAAAAACUGAGGACUGAAAAGUCGGAGACAGUUACACUUGCAUACAUGUUAUACAUAUGUAUGUAUGCACACAUGCCUAUGUAUAAAAUACAUACAUAUGUAAGUACCUUAAAGUGGACAGUAACAAUAACUAUAAUAGAAUAUGCUGAGAUUGGAACUGUUAAGUGAUUGUGGCUGCUGAUUGUUAAAGAAUUUGGUGAGUAUAAACACAUAUGUACAUAGCUGAUAUUUCCCGGCCUUACCUUGCCUAAAAUUUCGGAUAUCAAUUUUCCCCAACCAUUUUCCGCCUGUUGAAUUCCACGUAGAAUUUUAUAAUUUACAUACAUAGAUAUUUAAAAAUGACUUCCAUCGAAUGAAGAAUCAAAAGUUCGGUUCUAAACCUCUUUCGAAAAUCGACAUAAAGGCUUAAGAAAUGGCAUUUUCUCGAUUUUUGAAAUUCCAACUCCAACUCCAACCCUUAUAAGGUAUUUAUGAUGAGAAUAUCGAUAUUAUUUGCCAAUAUACAAUAGAUAUAUUUUGUACUUAUUGGAUUCAAGGUCAACGCACCGGACACGCAUCCGACAAAAGGCAAAGGGCAAAAAGAAAAUAUACAUAUGUAUAUAGUUUGUGUAUGGGUCAGAGAUGACAUCCUCACCCCUUAAUAUAUAUUGGAUAACUUUCGGAUACCAUGUUUUCCAAUUUAUAGGUAUGAAUACAUCACCAUUUGCAUCUAAAAACAAUAAUACUAUGGCUUCGCUUGAAGCAGCUACAAAGUUAACCAAAGAUCGAAGAGUUCAUCAAUUAGCCAAAUUGUAUGGCUGUUCGACAUCCAUCGAUCGUUUAAUGUCCAUCGAUGACUCUGUUUCGGACCCCGAUUUCCCCAAUUCAUCUGCGAAAAUACCUUUCCAUAACGCGUGCUGCCAUUGCAGUAAUCCCAGACGAAUAGAGAUGAAAUCCAGGAGCUGGCGUUACCGUUUCCUACUCGCCCGAUAUGCGACUACAGUUCUAUUCUCGAUGGUCAUUCUCUUGGCAUCUGCCCAGGAGGUAAACAACAAUAAAAAAGCAUCGAGAGGUGAUGCCCUUACACUGAACGAAAGCAGUCCUUUGAGUUCGUCGUCGAGUUCGUCGUCUGACGCAACCGUUCCUAAUGAAAACACCAUCGUAUCAGAGCCCGAUCCCGAGCCAGAGCCGGAAAGCGCUAACCAAACGCUCGGCACCACAACUAUUCCAAACAAAGCUCAGAGCCGACGAACCAACAAGGGACUAGAUAUGCCAGCCGGUCUGCUUUCUUCUGGGGGGACGCAAGGCUUUAGCAUGAUCAGGAAUAGUUUGAUAAGCGGGGAUACUGUGCUGCAGCGUCAAUUAAGGGAGAAGGCCAAACAGGAUAGUUUGGAAUCAAUUAAGAUGCACAUUCUGAUGCGUUUAAAUUUGAAAAAACUACCGAAUAUAACAAAGCCAGUUUCGGUACCACAAACUAUAUUGGAAAAAUUCUAUAAAAACUACAACGCAUCGCUUUCAAAUUCGUUGCGGGAUCAUAACAAUAAACCAGAUUCAGCAAGUACUUCCCGAACGGGUCUAUAUGUGCCUGAGGAAAUUGUGACGGAUUCUUCGGAGACUACGUCAAAUGUUACGAAAAACAUUUACAAUUCGCAGCAUACAUCAGCAAAGCAUUCAUCCUCCAACCAGAACCAGAACUCGUCCCCAGAAAUGCAGUCUGACGAUCCCAAUAAUUUUAAGGAAUUUCAAUUUAUUUACAAUCUGGGAUUUGAUGAUCAUCAAAAUCAUAAAUCCACUGACUCCAGAAGCAACGAUGACGAUGAUAAUUCUGAUGAUGAUGAUGAUGUUGAAUAUGAAAGCAUUCUUUCUCACAUAAGCAGCAUUUAUAUAUUUCCAGAACAGCCUCACGUGCGACAUAACCGCAAAUCAGAUCUUCUUCGUUUCAAGUUCAAUACUGGAUACUCGGACAUAUCUCACGUAACACUUCACUUAUAUUUGCGAGGCUUGGAAUGGAUAAGUGCCCAUCAGCCGAAGAUCAUUGAAGAGAUUGCCAAUUAUCAGAACAAGGACAUUGUCGUGGCUCUGCAUCGGGCCAUACGUCGUUCAAAUAGCACGAGUUAUACACACAAGGCGAAAAUAUUUGAGUUCCGUCACAAAAUUCCAUCGGGUCUCGGUCAAUGGGUGAACGUGGAUCUCAAGCCCCUGUUCGGCACAGAAUAUACAAUUGGCCCGAAUCCAACUCAACUCCAAGAAAUUUUCAUAAAAGGCGUCGAGCCCUGGAUGAGGCCUUUGGUGGUAACGACAGACAGUACUUCAAAGAACCCAUUGACAGUUCACAUUGAAAUUGGCUCCCGGAAAAAACAUCGACGAAAACGGAGCGUUUACUUGGAUUGCAUUGAGAGCGAUCACGAGUUGCGCUGUUGCCGAUAUCCUCUAAAGGUCAACUUCACCAGCUUCGGAUGGCAUUUUGUGGUGGCGCCCGAUUCGUUUGAUGCAUACUUUUGCAGUGGCGAGUGCAGAGUUGGGUAUUUGGAGCAAUAUCCUCAUACCCAUUUGGCCGCUUUGACAACAUCGGCGACCCCGUGUUGUUCGCCAACCAAAAUGAGUUCCUUAAGCUUAUUGUAUUUUGAUGAGAGCCAUCACCUGGUGUUGAGUGUUAUACCAAAUAUGUCCGUUGAGGGAUGCAGCUGUUCCUGCGAUUAUGUUGUACUAAAGCUAAAUGGUAGCGAUAUUACAUCCUUGUCAAGUUAUGAAGCGGUUCAAAUGUUCCUUCAAGCUAAAGAAACCCUAGUAGUUGAAUUAUGCCGAAAGAAAAAUCCAAUAAGUCCGUCAAACUUAAACGAGGACAUCAAUUCUACGAUAGAUGGCGUUCAGGAGGCGGAUGAAAUCUGUUCAAAAACGAAAAGUGUUCAAAUAUCAGAUGCCAGCGCAACCAGUGACUCCUCCAAUCCUUUGCCACCGUCAGCUAAAAAUCAAAUCAUAUUAACCUUGCGCACAUUUCGAAAUGUUGAGCGUACCGAGCAGCCCCCCACUGUUGCUGAGCCCAUGGCAGUAUCAAAGGAGACACAAACAUGUGAAACUUUUGCUGAAGUAAAUAAAACUAAUAAAAGGAUUAUAGUGGGGCAUCGCGAUCAGAAUGAAGAUAUUGUCCAAACCAUCGAUCAUUUUAUCGAGCAAGAGCAUCAUCUCUUUGAGCAGUGUUUGGAACCAGAUAUCGACAUCGAGGAAGUAACGCUCGUUAAGAGAGACUCAACUAACGAUCAAAUAGGACUCAGCGUUUCCUGCAAUGGCUUCUAUAGUAACAGAGAUAACGAAGAAAGUAUUGUUAAGCCUGUGAUAUGCAACGAAAACAUUAACACAGACUUGAAGGCACCAACAGAUGAUGUGGAUUCCUGUGAGAAUGUUUUCAUAAGUGAUAUUCAACCAGAGAGUGUUGCCGGUAGGGAUGGUCGGCUGCGGCGUGGUGAUCAAAUUCUUCGCAUCAACGGCAUGGACAUCAAAAGUAAAAAACACGCUGAAACACGAAUGGCCGAGAAUAAUAUGGCUGUUACGUUGCUUGUCAGUCGACUCUUAUAUCCCGACGACGACGAUGAUGACGAGGAUGAGGAUGAUGACGAAGACGAAGAUAUGGAUAGUAACUUCGAAUAUGCUAACAGCUUCCUUUCUGAUUACACAAAUGUCGUUGACAAAUUAGACAAAGUUCUUUUAUCACAACGGCAGUCAAUAAAUGCCGUUAACAAUCUAAUAACUGAACCAUCUACAAAAUUAAACCAUCUAAUUAAAUUACCAGCAGCUGCCAACGGUUCGGAAGCAAAUAUAGAAAUGACUAAAAGUAAGAGUCAAACACAUACUACUUCCACGGACAUGAGCUUCAUUGAGAAGCCGAGAAUGGCGAGUCACCCACAGUUCGAGUUAGAUAGCAAUGCGAGCCAAGAAGUAGCAUUGAAACAAUUAGUAGAUAAAAUCCUGCCAAAUACAACGAAAACUGCCACUAUCACGAAAACUAAACAAUAUGAUUAUGACGACUGCGAGCAUAUUUAUGAAACUAUUCCCGAGGAUUCCGAAACUGAGCCACUUUACUGCUCACCAUAUCAAAGCUCAAACUAUAUGACCGCAAUGGGAUCUUGCUCAUCACCAAUGAUGCCCGAAGCAGAUGUUUUAGAAAUGCAACAGCAAACACAACGAGUUGCACAAUGGUUGGGUAUUAAGUCGCAGAUCAGUCCAAGAUCAGUACACACCCUGGCUGGCCGUCCAAGCUUGUACCAUAAACAGCAGCAGCAUCGAAUAUCAAAUCGUGUAUAUACACUGCGCAGUGCUAUAACAAAUACGAGUGGAUCAAGCAGUAGUGGGGCUGGAUAUAGUGCAUGCGGCCAUAAUAAUAUUGAAAACGAGAAUAAAAGCAUGAAUCAAGAAGAGGUUGACAACUCUUCAAGUGCCUAUAAUACAGGUGGCUCCAAUAACAGUGCUUCCCCUCGCCAAAACGCCUCAAAUCUAGACAAUGAAACUAUUGCUGCCACUGCUGCCAACAAUCCGAUAAUCGCCGCUAGCUCCUAUCAAUGCAAUACGCAACCCAUUUUAGUGCAAUCACAGUCAUCAAAAGAUUCUGUAUUAAAAACGCCCGUAACUAGCAUGCUUAUGCUGCCAUUCGGUAAGACUGGUCGCAUAUUAUGUUCCAACCCCACCCAAUAUAGUGGUCCUGGCGAAAAUACCACUCUCAAUAAAACAUCUACAGACGAGAUGAACCCUUUCGCACUCAACGCAUCAGCAGCAGCGCCAGCAAAAACGGACUCUAAAAUAAUGCGAUCCAAGCCCAAUCCAACAGAACAGCAAGAACAGCAAGGCCAAUGCCCUCAAUUCAAUGCGCCCAAUCUGAGCCGUUAUCACUUUGUUAGCAGUCAAGAGGUCGCCAAUAAGACACUUUCAGUACCAAAACCAAGUUCUAUUCUUGUCACAACGGAAAAUGCUUCAGAGGAUAUUCCUAUGGUAUGGAAAGUAAAGCGACGUCCAGAUGGAACUCGGUAUAUUGUAAAACGACCAGUACGUAACAACGUCAGCAUGGGAAUUCGGAAAAGCAUUCGCAACAAUGAAAUAACAACAACAGAGGAUGAUACAAUAUCAGAGGUUAAGAUCGGACGUUACUGGACUAAGGAAGAACGCAAACGACACAUAGAAAGAGCACGUGAACGGCGGCAUCAUCAACAAUUGCUUCAUCAACAACAGUUUCCAGCACAAUAACUAUUAGCUUUAGCUUUACAGAACCUUUAAUCUGUAGAAUAAAUUUACGUUAUAUUAUGCUAUAUGUAUACGUAUCCAAAAGCCAGGUUUCAAAAGCGUCAAAAUUAUAUAGUAAUAUCUAAACAUCUGACAGACUGUAGCUUGGAUAUUAUUAGUAUGCAUAAGUAGAUUAUUGAAAUUAAACCAAAAAUCCAAAUAAUGAAACAGUUUUAAAGCAUGAUGUACUUGACUUUUCAAAAGUCAUCGAGUAAAAAUCAAAAUAGUAUGACAAGCAUUAAUUCAUACCAGGGCGUUUAAUAUAAACACUAUUCUCCUACAUUUGUAUGUAUAUUAAUUGAUUUAUUAGUCACUACAGUAAAAUAUGUUGACAGUAAACUAGUUCUUAAACAUAUAUUAAAUUUUGUCAAGUGUUGAAGGAAUUAUUAAAGAGCGCUCCAUUUUAAUUGUAUUACAAACAAUUUAAACUUAAGAAACCGAUUCCUUUUCAACAUUAGUACACCCACACAUAGCUAUUACUGUAAUGUACACAAUAAUAUAAUAUUAUAUAUCUGAUAAUUCUUAAAAUACAAUUUUUGUAUAGUCCUUUUUACAAGUAUGGCUAUUUGUUAUACCCUUGCAGAGAGUAUUAAAAUUGCAUUACGAAAUAAAGAGAGCGAUAAAGUCGUAUCAUGUCGAUAUUGUCUAUUUUGGUGAUUUCUUAUGGUAUUUCGCUUUCAACAUACCCUUGUAAAGUGUAUUAUAAUUUUGCUCUCCCUUUUUUAGAUCAGCAUCAACAGCCGAUUUGAUUUUACCAUGUCGUUCUGCCCGUUUUUAUGCGAAAUAGUCUUUCUGUUGUAAGUAUUUCAUAUGUCGGAGCCGGAUCGGACCACUACAUCAUACAGCUGCUAUAGGAAAGAAAGAAAGUAAGUAAAAAAGA